AUGAAGUCUCGCACGCUCCUCAGCCUGCUGGCAAUCUCGUCACUCCCCCUCGCCACGGCGACCACAUACAGCGUCCUACACAGAGUGUCGUCCUUCUCCACCUCACCGGAAUGGACGGUGCGCGGGACGAUUGAUCUGCUCGACAACGCCACUACAUCGUACACGGAUGUGCUUGCCUCGGAAGAGGUGAAGUUGCUGCACGAGCAGGCGGCGUCACCACAGGGCGGCGAGCUGUUCUACCAGGUCGCACUCUCUCCCGCGGCGGACGAGGGCAAAGUGGAGGAACAAGGGCUAUGGACGUCGGUGCGCCUGUGCCACCUGCGCCAAAGCCACCCAGACCUACCCACGAUCGACGACGAGCUCUCGCUCACCUUGCGAAAGCAACAAGUCGUGGGCCUGCAUUACCGCGUGCUCGACAUCGCCCUUGACUCAUCCUCCUGCCCCACCCCCUCCGCACACAAGUACAACCAGUACAAAGAAGAACAACGCAAACAGCGCCAGCGUCAGCUCUCGCGCCGCUCGCGUUCGCCCAAAUCCACUCCUCCUCCUGCCCCCUCAUCCGACGCCGAGCACCUCAGGUUCGCAACCACGCUCCACGUCACGUCAUCCGCACCCCCCACCGCCGGCAAGCCAACCUUGAAGCAGGCCGCCCCCACCAACGAGGACGGCACCAUCCAGGUCCCGCCACCCGAGAAGACGUUUGUGCAGAAGUACUGGUACUACGCCAUCCCGGUUGUGCUGCUGCUCAUCAUGCCGGACGGUCAGGAUGAGAAGGCCGGCGGCGCCGAGGGGCACGCGAGCUCCGAGCACAGGGGCACAGGGAUGGGCGCCAAGCGCCUGAACUGA